CUCGCUCUCCGCGCAGGCCCCGGCCCCCCGCAUCCCCGCGUCCCCGCGUCCCCGCGUCCCCGGUGCUCCAAGAUGACGCUCAAGUCGAGCGAGGGCGAGGGCGGGGGCAGCAUGCGCACGGCGCUCUCCGACCUUUACCUGGAGCACUUGCUGCAGAAGCGCGGCCGGCCGGAGGCUGUGUCGAACCAGUUGAAUGCUGUAACUGAGGACAUGUACACCAAUGGGUCCACUGCCCCAGGUAGCCCUGCCCAGGCUAAAGGGCAGGAAGUGCGGAAAGUUCGUCUCAUACAGUUUGAGAAGGUCACAGAAGAGCCCAUGGGAAUUACUCUGAAGCUGAAUGAAAAACAGUCCUGUACUGUGGCCAGAAUUCUUCAUGGCGGCAUGGUUCAUAGACAAGGCUCCCUUCAUGUGGGAGAUGAGAUCCUGGAAAUCAAUGGCACCAAUGUGACUAACCACUCGGUAGAUCAGCUGCAGAAGGCAAUGAAAGAAACCAAAGGAAUAAUCUCAUUGAAAGUAAUUCCCAAUCAGCAAAGUCGUCUUCCUGCACUGCAGAUGUUCAUGAGAGCACAGUUUGACUAUGAUCCCAAGAAGGACAAUCUGAUCCCUUGCAAGGAGGCAGGGCUGAAGUUUGUUACUGGAGACAUUAUCCAGAUCAUCAACAAGGAUGACAGCAACUGGUGGCAGGGGCGGGUGGAAGGUUCCUCCAAGCAGUCAGCAGGAUUGAUCCCCUCCCCUGAGCUGCAGGAAUGGCGAGUAGCGAGUGUGGCUCAGUCUGCUCCGAGUGAAGCUCCAAGCUGCAGUCCCUUUGGGAAGAAAAAGAAGUACAAAGACAAGUACCUGGCCAAGCACAGUGCAAUUUUCGACCAGUUGGAUGUUGUUUCCUAUGAGGAAGUUGUUCGGCUCCCUGCAUUCAAGAGGAAGACCCUGGUGCUGAUCGGAGCCAGUGGGGUGGGUCGCAGCCACAUUAAGAAUGCCCUGCUCAGCCAGAAUCCAGAGAAGUUUGUGUACCCUGCCCCAUAUACAACACGGCCACCAAGGAAAAGUGAAGAAGAUGGGAAGGAAUACCACUUCAUCUCAACAGAGGAGAUGACGAAAAACAUCUCUGCCAAUGAGUUCUUGGAGUUUGGCAGCUACCAAGGCAACAUGUUUGGCACCAAAUUUGAAACCGUGCACCAGAUUCACAAGCAGGACAAGAUUGCCAUUCUUGAUAUUGAGCCCCAGACCCUGAAGAUUGUUCGGACAGCGGAACUUUCACCUUUCAUUGUGUUCAUCGCACCUACUGACCAGGGCACUCAGACUGAAGCCCUGCAGCAGCUGCAAAAGGACUCUGAGGCCAUCCGCAAUCAGUAUGCUCACUACUUUGACCUCUCACUGGUGAAUAAUGGUGUUGAUGAAACUCUUAAGAAACUGCAAGAAGCCUUUGACCAGGCAUGUAGUUCUCCACAGUGGGUACCUGUCUCCUGGGUUUACUAAGUUCGCAGAAUGGGGAAACUCACUGUAUAUCCCUUUGCCACAUUUGGAAUGCUAUUUCCCUUGCUUUAAAUCAAACGGCUGUUUCAACUAGUUGUGUCAGCUUCCAGCUCUCUCUAGCUGUCCUAAAGAAGUCAAUAGGAUUCAGUCUUCUUGCUCAGGCUCCUGAAGGGCUGGAGUUUGGUUUUCCCCAUAGAUGGGGCCCUACUGAUCUGAAUUUCUAAAGAACCUUUGGAAACUGAGGGCAACUGCUCAUCAGAGAUGAUGCACAGAUAAAACAAUGGUACCUGUCCCUCUGAGGCCUGAGCUCCUUCGCCUUCAACUAUACUCGGCAUCUUUUCAUGUCUUUUUACUUUGGAUUGAAUAUCUUCUGCAACUUUUUAAAAUGCCAAAAUGAAAGAGCUGUGCAAUACAUGUCUGCUCUAGGGAAUCCCUCAAAAGCAAUAAAAAUGCUGCUGUGUUAAAAUGCA